AUGAAACAUAUUAAUGGGGGAGACCAGGAUCAAGGCGCCGACACCACAGUCACCAACCUGAACCAUGGAGACGAGGAGGAGCUCCAACGGGGGCGCGAUCCCACGAGGAACAACAGCAGCCUACUCUCGCCGCCCCUGCGCAUCCCCAAGAACCGUAGCACCUCCAACCUCGCCGUCGUCGACGAGGCACUGGCAGACCAGCCGCCACCCGACGACUACAAGCCCAGGUUUCGCUUUUCCUUUGACGCCGGCUCAGCCGCUGGGGACUAUGACUCGGUCACAAGCUGUCUCAGCUUGUCGAUGAUGACUAACACCGAAACACCAUUAAGAAGCAGAUCUUCCAUAAUCACUGAGCAUGACCAAGGUCUGGGCCAGUCCGGUCUACGACGCAUCCGUCAGCACCCGUCUCGCAAUCCAACCUUACCCUCGACUGCCGCCUCUUCACGAAGCCCUUCCAUCAGUGCUAUAAACCGCUCCUCCUCCAUGUCCAUCAUGAUCCCGCCCGGCCAACACGUUCCUCUGACCGCCGGGCCGUCCUCGCCCAACUUCACCGAAGAUCUGUCCCGCUUUCCGUCCGAAUCCCUCCACUCCUUCUCCUUCGCACACCAGUCCGAAGAGUUUAUACACAAUCGUCAGAAUGUCUUGAAGCGGUCAGUAGAGUUCAUGAAAGAUCGCAUGGGAUGGUCCAUCUCUUCCAAUGCUGCCCUAGCCAGUGCCCAGGCGAGAGUGAGCGGUGAUGUCGAGACCCAGAAUAUGCUUGAUUUGCUUGCCAGGGCACACCUUGUUGGGGCAUCACAUCUGCCUAAUGCCGACCCAGCCCUCGCACGAGGUCCACUGAGUGGACCACCUGAUAUUUCUGGAGAAAAUGUCUUUGAAAGACAAUUCAUUCCGAGGACCAGUAGUCCGGAGCCGUAUUCCGCCAUAUCACCCACGACCGUUCAAGUGCCCGAGACAGAACAGAGUUCUACUUUUGGCGCGAAGCCUGCGGAAGAUGAAAGACGAAAGGCCAUCCCUCCAUAUGUGGAAGCAUUGCAAGACCAGACAGGCUCAGAGAACUCGUCGAGGACGCCAACGAAUGAGAGUGGUACAACCGCCAAAACUUCACCGCCAAGCACAAGACGGCCGAGCUUCCGCAGAACCUACACUGAUGUGGCAUCCGCCGGUGUACAGCAGAAGCUCAUGGAUGCCAUGGCACAGCCGUUUCAAGCUGGUCAGUUAGCUGGAUACCCUGAUGCCCUGAUGUCUCCGACCCUACCACCUCAGUCUUUUGUGCCUCUAAGUAAGCCUGGAGCCCUGGGACCUGCAGUACAUGGACAUUCAUCACGUUGGGUACCGGCGGCGCAAGCUAUCUUUACGACCGAGUCGAAACCACCCUGGACAAUAAUUGCCGCGAAUGAUUUGGCAUGUCUGGUCUUUGGCGUGACGAACGCCGAGGUUCGCCGACUGAGCAUUCUGAACGUGGUGCAGGAGGAGAGGAGAGAAUGGCUAGAGAAAAGGCUUCUUCAAGUCGAUCCCGACAGCAUUCCUCAAAGCGCCCCGGAUGUUGCGCCUCCGUCUCCCACGACAGCUGGUUCAUCCUUGCUGGGCGGUCGUGGCGGGAUCACAGCACAAUUGCUGAGCAAGCCCAAUUCGAGAUCACAGCCUCCCAAAGUGUCGACGAGGCGCGCUCAGACCAUUCACAGUGGUGAUAUCACGCCGUCAAAGCCGCGAGGCGGACACCACAACAGCUCGAGAUCGAGGGGUGUGCUGCUUUGCGGUGAUGUCGUGCCAAUCCAAAAACGCAAUGGUGCGAUGGGCUCCGCGAGUCUAUGGGUGAAGGAGAAGAAAAUAGGGUUGAUCUGGGUUAUGGAAGAAAUCCACGAAGAUGUGGCUUUGCUAAAUCUUGAUGAAGAGGGAAUCGUUACAAAGAUCACCGGAAACACUCUGCCAAUCUGGGGCCAGGAGAACCUUUUGCCUGGGAUGGAUGUCGGAAAGCUCAUCACGCGGAUUCCGCGCCAGGGCAUCGAUCCAAGGUAUGGCGCUAUCGACUAUGCUCAGAUCUCCAAACGGAAGUUCUUCACCUGCCAAACUGGAGGCAAGAUUAAUAUCCCCGCGAUGGUCACACAAACACGGGGCCAGACGGAGCUUCGGGUGUCCUGCUUUCCUCAUAUUGCAGGCAUUGUCGUGGUGUGCACCGACACUCUGAAGAUCAAGAGCUCCAACUCUGCAUUCUGUGGUGCUCUCUUCGGCUAUGAGAAGCCGGAAGGGCAGCCGAUCAAUAACCUCCUGCCAGACUUCGAUAAGAUUCUUGGUGUCUUAACCCAACAAGAUGGUGUACAGAUUCGAGAUGGCAUCGUCGUACCAGAACAUAGCUUCAGAAAGGCCUCGGCGUUGGUGGCCAUUCACGAGGGCAGACCUGACGCCAGGACAGGUUUCCUAUGCCCAGACGGAUUGCCAGGCAAACAUCGUGACGGGACCGAGCUCAAGCUUGACGUGCAAAUGAGGGUAGUGAAAAGUGACAGGCACUCGAGUCGUGAUUCGAACGCCAGUGACGAUGAGUCAUCGGGAAUGGAAAGGGCACCUGAAAGGGUCUACGCUUUGUGGAUCACGUACUCCAGGCACCUGCACGCAUCCAGAUCCUCGCUCUCCGUCCCGAGGCCAUUGCUGUCUGGCGCUCCGACGCCUCCCCAUCAACCGUCGCCCGGCCAGACGACAACAUAUACACCCCAGGACAUCUCCUCGGACUCCGAAGAGGGCAAGAAGCCACAUCGGCCUUCCACCACAGCAAUCUUGUCGCAGCAAAUCCGGGAUGUUGCCAUGAGCGCGGCCGCGAAACUGACUGGCGCGUCCAAACCUGUAGAGAAGAAGCCGGCACCGACAGCACCUCGAGCAGUCGCACAGCUUGAGAAGAAGACAAUAGACAGCUUCGUCAUACUGGAGGAUAUGGGCCAAGGAGCCUAUGGCCAAGUCAAACUGGCUCGCUACAAGCACAACGGCGGGAAGAAGGUCGUUCUGAAAUAUGUGACAAAGCGACGCAUUCUCGUUGACACGUGGACUAGAGAUCGUCGCCUCGGCACGGUACCUCUCGAAAUACAUGUUUUGGACUAUCUCCGACGCGAUGGCUACAAACACCCAAACAUCAUGGAGAUGGAGGACUUCUUCGAAGACGAGACCAACUAUUAUAUCGAGAUGGCACCGCAUGGCCUUCCAGGCAUGGACCUCUUCGACUACAUCGAGGUGCGAGCGAACAUGGCAGAAGAAGAGUGUCGCAGCAUCUUCGUUCAGGUCGCUCGAGCCAUACAACACCUCCACACGAACGCAAAGGUGGUUCACCGCGACAUCAAAGAUGAGAACGUCGUUAUCGACGGGGACGGGAAUAUUAAACUCAUCGACUUCGGAAGCGCAGCAUAUAUCAAGAGCGGGCCCUUUGAUGUCUUUGUGGGCACGAUAGAUUACGCAGCUCCAGAGGUAUUGGCCGGGAACCCAUACGGGGGCAAGGAGCAGGAUGUAUGGGCUCUGGGCAUUCUCCUUUACACCAUCAUCUACAAGGAGAACCCGUUCUACAGUAUCGACGAAAUAAUGGAUCGCGAUCUAAGGGUGCCCUACACCAUCAGCGAUGAGAGUAUCAACCUCAUCCGCUGUAUGCUCGAACGCGAGGUUUCGCAGCGGUACGACAUUGACCAGGUAUUGCAACACCCCUGGUGUCAGAUAGACUCGGCCUAG